AUGGCCUCCAUUGCUUCUGAUCAUGGAAUAUUAUCAGAGUUACCAUAUGAUAUCCGCCAGAAAAUCCUCAGUUGUCUCACUUUGAGACAGAGAGCAAUAGCUUCCCUUGUUUCUAGAAAUUGGCGUCACAUGAUAGCAUCAUUGGAUGACCACAAAUUAGUUCAAACAAAUUCUACAAAGAUAAACUGUGGAUACUGCUAUCGUUAUUACAGUUACUGUCGAUGCAGCUAUCGCGUCAAGCCUGUUAUUAAACUUGCUGCAGACAACAUGAGUUUCACGGAAUGCUAUUUGUUCGUACGUAAUUCCUUGUUUUACAUGUCUACGGACAUGUUAGAGUCAAGUUUAUUAACCGUUCUCCAUUUAAAAGGAUAUUGCAACAUGGAAUACAUUGGAGAAAUUAAGGAAAUGUCUUCAUUGAAAGAGAUAUAUCUUGAUUCCGUUUGCAUCUCUCCGGACACCUUCUCCAAGAUUAUCAACAAGUGCCCUUCCAUUGUUGAGUUAACUUUAAUACAUUGUUAUGGCCUUUAUUCCAUCUCAGUGCCUCAUCUGAAUCAACUUAAAAAGGUUCAUGUGAAUUGUGGCAGUAGAUAUAUACAAACAAUAGAAAUACAAGCUCGAAAUAUGCGUGAGUUUCACUUGUUUAGUUCAUUAGCAGCACCAAAACUUGAUUUGCGCGCUUGUACUAAGCUACAAGUCCUAAAAAUAGACUGUGAAUACAUUCCCUUCGGGUUCCCUCAAGAGAUAUCCUCGGUAUUUCCGUGUCUUAAAUCCUUGUUUCUUCGUUUAUGCAAACGACCGAAAAAAUUCAAACUUUUGAGUCCUGAAUUGGAGAAUUUGACCUUAAGUGACAUGGUUGACUUGGAUGAUGCUAUCAUUGUUACUCCUAAUUUACGCUCAUUCAAGCUAAUAGAUAUGGUAAAAUUACCAAGCUCUUCUUCAAUAGUUGGUUCAAGGCUAAAGGAAGCUGAAAUUGAACUGAAGUAUGUUUAUGCAACCAGUAAGUUGCCUGGCUUGAGAACUUUUGCUGAAAAUUGGGGUGAAAUUUUGACUUUCUCCUUGACAGUUGAAUCAAAGGAGGUGAUAUUUCAUUCGAGCAAUCACGGAAGCAACGACAUUCGACCACUUUGUAUCAAGCACAUAAAUUUGGAUAUACACUUUUACGGGGCAUCAAGAUAUAAAUCUUUAGUUGAUGAAUUGUUUAGUUACUUCCAUCCGCAAACCUUGCUAGUGAGAGUGAAUUCAGAUGUCUUAAAACAUAACUUCAUACAGGUCCUAUUGGAUGAACUAGUGAAAGGGCGGAAAAAAUGCGGCAAGUGGUACAAGUACUGUAAAAGUAAUUACAUGCGUUGGUGCUAUUUCUUGAAAGAUUUUAAGAUCCUCGAAUCAACUGCAAGACAAGGUGUUAAUCAGUUCAUAAGAUUGGAGUUCCAAUGGUGUUGA